CAUUAAGGUUAUCCCAUUCCAUUGGAUGGGAGAGCUUGAAGUUCUUCGUAGCAAAGUGCAAAAAUCCUUCCCCUCUUCCCUCUGUUCUUCCUUCAAAUAGGUUUAAAUUAAUAUUGAAUAUGAUUACCUGUCCUAUUUGCUAUGAUGAGUUAUUGAACGUACAAACUGAAUCAGCAGCUCUAUCAUGUGGUCAUGUCUUUCACAACACUUGUAUAAAGGAAUGCUUAAACCGCAAAAAAGAAUGCCCGAUUUGUAGAACUUCGGUGAAUCCUCGUAAAGACGUUAAUCAGCUUUAUUUCACCUCAACCGACGAUGCCCAACAGAGCAGUUCAGUAGCUCUGCCGUUAAUAACAACAUCCGAUGAGGCUACAUUGGAGAUUUUGUCACUUCGUAAGAGUAUUCAACAGUUAAUGGACGAUAUUCGAGCAUUGAAGAAGUCAACAGAAGAAAGUAUUUCAGCCAAAACGAAAAUCAUAUUAGCCAAAGACAAAGAAAUUGAUGCACUCCAAAUCAAACUGAAGAAUAAAACAGAUAGCCUUCGGUUUGUACAGCAGCUCAGAAAGGUUGCCGAUUUAGAUGCUGAGCUUAGCAGUGAAAGAACUAGAAAACUUGGGAAAAAACUGGAGAAGUCCACUCGUGAUGAGUUGUUAGUGUAUGCGCUGGCAAUACACGCGAACGCCGAAAGAGCGCGAGAGGUUGCCAAUUUGGACUACAAAAAUGCGUUGUUUGAAAUCUCUAGACUAAGGAAGCAGAAUGAGCGGCUAAAAAGAACAGUAGAAGUGAUGAUGAAAUUGAGAUUAUUGAAGGAGAUUCUGAAGAAGUAGCUCCCGAAGCAGUAUCUUUGUCGUCCGUCAUAGAAGAGCCGUCCGCCAAAAACGAAAAUCACAAACGUAAAACUUUCAUUUUAGAAGACCAAGACACACAAGACAAUUUCAUUAUCCGCGAAGAUAUUAGAGAGAUACCAACAACUAGAACGAGGUUUCCCAUGAAAAAA